ACAAAAGCCUCCACAGCCAAGGAACAUUUUUCGGAGGUAUAAGAAGCAGACACUCCGUUCAACAACACGACAAUUCCAGAUUUGGGCGAAUAUAAAACUCAAUUCGACCACCACCUUGACCAAAAACAAUCGCCUUCUUGAUCUUUGAAUAUAUUUUCUAAUACUCUAUACUCUGCGCCAAGUACAACCACUACGAGAAGAAUACGUUCCGUGUUUUUGGAGCACAUACACGCCCCUCCCCCCAAGUACCAAGGAAGGGGAAAAAAUAUGGCAGAAAUAACAACGUCGACUUACACGAUCCGGUUCGCCACCGAGUCGGACGUCCCGGUGAUUCUGGAAUUGAUCCAGGAAUUGGCUUCGUACGAAAAGGCCUUGCACGAAGUCUUGGCCACCGAAAAGUCGCUGACGGACACCUUGUCCUUCCCGGACCCCAAAGCCGCCGACGGGAGUGGUUUCACGAGAGGUUACGCCAAGACCAUCCUCGUCGUCCCCAGCGACGAUACCGAAAGGGUUGCAGGGAUGGCUCUGUUUUUUCACAAUUACAGUACCUGGACUUCCGCCCCCGGGAUCUAUCUGGAGGAUCUCUACGUGAGACCUACGUACAGAGGUCGAGGUUUCGGGGGGGCUUUGCUGUCGGCUUUGGCCAGAGAGUGUUUGCGGCUGGGUUGUAAGAGACUGGAUUGGAGCGUCUUGAAGUGGAACGAACCCAGCAUCAAGUUCUACGAGGGUGAAGGUGUGGGCGCGAAACGGAUGAGUGAAUGGAUGGGUAUGAGGGUAGACGGGGAUGGAUUGGGGAAACUGGCGGAUCGAAAGUGAAAAGACGUCGGAAAAAAAACUACUAAAAAGGGAAUCGAAAUCGAAAACGAAUGAAACUGAAGAGAGAGAUUCAAAAGUAGAGACAGUUGUACUGGACUGGAGUUGCAUCUGCAUACAUACUAUACCCAAAGUCCUCCUCGACACAUCAUCGCUGCUGACAGGAUAGAAAGAGGAAAAAGAGUAGAGACAGCUACGAAACUGGAGAACGUAAACCCAAGGAGUCAUCACGGGGUCAUGGCAUGUAGCUGGACAUGUUUCUUCCAUAGGUAUAUAUACCUAUCGUCUCGAGUACGGAGUACUUGGUCAACG